AUGGCUCUCAAGUUCGCGCCCUUUGGGUCGGAAAUCGAGCUUCCUUUCUACACGGCUUUGUCGCAGUUCAAAAUCGACUUUGAUAAACUCGACGACUCGGCCCGACCUGUGCUCGGCUUGUAUGAGCCGCGUAUGACCCCAACCCCAGAAGAGAGUUGCCGGAUGCAGGUUCUCGGGAAUGCCUUAACAAGCGAGGAGUACGGGCAGCGUGUUGACCUAUGCAGUGUCCCGGCCGGCUACAUUCGAGCAGAGGGGAAGAUCAAGAAUGUGAACACGAUCGAAGACUUCAAGAACAUGGACAAAGCAGCCAUGUUGCAAACUGCAGCCAAGCAAAUCUGGGAUGCCAUAAACGACGGCACCAUCUACUCCAUUCCGUCACUUCUCUCCUCCUUCACAAUUCUCUCAUUCGCGAACCUCAAGAAGUACACAUUCACCUACUGGUUCGCGUUUCCAGCCCUGCAUUCUGAGCCCGUUUGGAGGCAAGUUGAAACAGCCAACCCCGGUCAGAUGACUGGCAAGGAGACAACUGCUCUUGCUGAGGAGGUUGGAACCUGGCGGUACGCUACUGACCAGAGAGAGCAUGGUUUCUUCCUAGUGAAGAAAGUAUUUCAAUCAUCCUCGCGGGGUGGAAGGCCGGCUACGCCCGGAACUCCAGGUGAAGAGCUGGGCUACAGAUGGGUCGUUGGUUCACUGAGGAAGUUUGAGAACGGCUUUUUCGACGGUGUUCCUACGGGAGACCAAUAUGUUGCAUUUGUCGAUCCAUCCACGUACCCUGAAAAUCCAGGUUGGAUGCUGCGGAACCUUCUGGUACUAAUCAAGCGACGAUUCAAGCUUAACAGAGUCCAAAUUCUCUGCUACCGGGAUACCCACUCGAGAAGACAUGAGGCGAGAAGCCGGAUCAUUGUCCUGGAGACUGAAGGGGUGGUCUCUGACAGCGACGUAAUGCCCAAGGUGACGGGCUGGGAGCGUAACAGCAACCAAAAACUGUCUCCGAAGACCACCAACCUGGCCCAGUACAUGGAUCCAACGCAAUUAGCAGACCAAGCAGUCGAUUUGAACUUGAAGCUCAUGAAGUGGCGUAUCGCUCCAGAUCUGAACCUUGAGAAGAUCAAGAACACAAAAUGUCUUCUCCUUGGUGCCGGUACACUCGGUACCUAUGUUAGUCGACUUCUGAUGGGCUGGGGGGUAAGAAAGAUCACUUUCGUCGAUAACGCCUCUGUCUCAUUUUCAAAUCCCGUCCGCCAGCCGCUGUUUGACUUUAAAGACUGCAUAAAUGGCGGAGCCAAGAAGGCUGAAAGAGCAUCCGAGGCACUUCAAGAGAUAUAUCCUGGAGUGGAUAGCAAUGGCCACGUCAUGUCGGUGCCUAUGCUGGGGCAUCCUAUCACUGACGAACAAAACACUCGCGUAGACUUCGAGCUUUUGGAGAAACUGAUGGAGGAACAUGAUGCCAUCUUUCUGCUCAUGGACACGCGUGAAAGUCGCUGGCUCCCAACAGUAUUGGGAAAAGCAAAGAACAAGCUCGUUCUGAAUGCAGCACUAGGAUUCGAUACCUGGGUUGCUAUGCGGCACGGUGUCUUUGCAGAAGAUGGUGGCCCUGCAGCACUGGGGUGUUACUUUUGUAACGACGUCGUGGCACCUGCAGAUUCUAUUAAGGAUCAAACGCUUGAUCAGCAGUGUACAGUCACACGUCCCGGAGUAGCACCUACUGCCUCAGCUCAGCUAGUCGAGCUAAUGACAUCGGUACUGCAACAUCCUGAUGGCGCUCGAGCACCCGCUCCGAAGAUAUCUGCAAAUCAGUCAUCGAACGGGCGGGUCGAGUUUGAGCGUGAGCCUCCGCAUCACCCGCUGGGUAUCAUUCCGCAUCAAAUCCGUGGUUUUAUGGCAACUUUCCAGAACAUCCCGAUCAGCGGGCAGUCGUAUGACUGCUGCUCUGCAUGCUCCCCCAAGAUCGUUGAGGAGUACAAACGCUCAGGAUGGGAGUUCAUCAAGCGUGCUUUGACCGAGAAGGACUAUAUUACCGAGCUAAGUGGUUUGGCGGAGGUUCAACGCCUGGCCGAAGCGGCUGCCGGUGAUAUUGAUUGGGAUAGUGAGGCAGAUUUGGAUGAAGAAGAAGGGGAGGGCGAGCUUUUCUGUUUGUUGAUUGACGAAUUGAACUUUCGGAUUAUUGCCAUGCCAUCUGCUUUAUUACAGAAUUCUGGUGUCGUUCCAAUGCUGGUUUCACCUAUGCGCUCCCACUUAACACGUAGCGUGUUCCGCCGCCUCCUAUCCAGCGAAGGUCUUAUUCUCCACUGUCCCUCCCAAGCUGCCCUUCUUUCACGGCAUUCCCGUCGCCAUGGAUCUCCAUUCGCCGUUCGACUUCCAGCAAGGAGAACUCUCUUUGGUUUCUCGGCCAAAGCCCCCCGACAGCCAAAAGAACCCUCGCUACCCCCUGGACUAAAGAUGAUGCUGGAGUUGAGUUUGAUGGAAAAGAUGCAAGUCCGGCCCCCUAAAGCAAGCGAUAUUGUAAAGGCGUGGAGAGCAUACUUCGAGUUUAAGAGCAAGAGGAAAGAGGGGUUUAACAACAUGCACGCUCUGCACGCCCUGAGGGCAUUAAAGCAUCUGCAGAAGCUCGACAGCGACGAAGAGGAUUCCCGGCUGAGCAUUGAGGAUCUGCGGCUAGCAUCGGUCUCCAUACAGAUUCUGCCGAAGAAUCAUCCGGAAACGCAUGCUGAGCUGGCUCGACUCUUGUAUGCGGAGUGGGUGAAAGCCCCGGCCCCGGAUGAACAGCGACACGAGGACUUUAGAUGGCUUAUCGACAUUCUGUCACGGACGGGCAACGCAUUGGAGGCUCGGGAGCUGGUUCAAGCUCGUGAUCUUGGAGAGGAGGCGGAGGGAGAUAAACGCCGAAGGGCAGCUUGGAACAUGGUGCUGGAUGGCUUCGCAAGGGAAAACAACGAAGCAGAGCUGCUGAAGACACUGGCGAUGGGAGAAGAGACUGCGGAUAUCCUGUACCAUUGGAAAAUUCAUUCGACGAUGGUGCAGUUCUAUGCCUCGAGAGAUGAUGUAGAAAAUACCAAGAAGUGGUAUUCGAAGCCCAUCGUCAGUGUUUCGAGGUCAGGCAAGCGUGUUUAUCCGUCUACUCUCGCUGCAGUUCUGAAAUUCAGUGUGCGGAACAAUGAGCUGGAGUGGUGCAAGACUGUCUUUCGCGAUGUCUUGGAGACCAACCCCGGCAAGAAGUGGUGGGAUGUAAUUCUCCUCUGGGCAGCUGGUGCUAUGGGUAAGGGAGUUGAGGAUGUCGAACGUAUGAUUGAUGUCAUGAUCCGUCGCAGCGAUCCCAAACAUCCCCAGCAGCCUGAUAUUGUUACCAUCAAUGGGCUUGUCGAACUUGCCAUGUCCUUGAAAGACCCAUAUCUGGCAGAACGAUAUAUUGCUCUUGGGGUGAAGUAUGGGAUCCAACCUAAUGCUCAAACACAUAUCAUGCAAAUGAGUUAUAGAGCCGAUGCCAACGAUCUACGCGGUGCUCAAGCUGCAUACGAUUCCUUGCAGAUUCAAGAGGUCGAGAACGAUGAGGAUCUUCCAGCCAUCAACAAGCUCCUCCGUGCCCUCUGCGCGUCGAAAAAGGACAAUUACAGUCGCAUUACAUCCAUCACCCUCGAUCUGGAGGAGCGAGACAAGAAACUCGAAGCAAGCACAGUAUCAGCCCUCACCAAAAUGUACCUUGAGCGCGACGAAACUAACGAGCUCAUCGACCUCCUGCAAACCCAAACCUUUCACUAUACACUCGAGGAGCGUGCCGGUAUCAUCAACAACAUGAUAAAUUUCUGCAUCGACCCGGACACCAACACCGUACGAUCCUGGGAAGCCUACACCAUCAUGCGGCAAAUCUUCGACGAGACGACCACCGAGCAGCGCACCCAGAUGAUGAAUGAGUAUUUCUCCCGGGACCGCUGCGACAUGGCCUGCCACGUCUUCGGGCACAUGCGCCAGCACAACGUGCUCUCCCGGCGGCCCAAGCUAGAAACAUACGUGCAGUGUUUCGAGGGCAUCGCGCGGUGCGAGGACCGCGAGAGUCUGGACAUGGUGCACAACAUGCUCAAAAUGGACAGCUCGAUCGAGCCGAACACCAAACUCUACAACUCGCUCAUGCUGGCCUACACCGCUUGUGAUGAUGCAGACCGCGCGCUGAAUUUCUGGGACGAUAUUACGAAUACGGAAGAAGGGCCCAGCUACAAAUCUCUCGAGAUUGUGUUCUGGGCCUGUGGACGCAAGCCGUUUGGGGAUCGCAAGGCGAGGGAUGUGUGGGCGAAGAUGCGCCGGAUGGAGAUUGAGAUUACGCAGAACGUAUUUGCCGCGUAUGUGGGGGCGCUGGCUGGGCAAGGGAAGUUUGAGGAGGCGCGGGAUAUGGUGGAGGGGGCGGAGAAGGACUUGGGGCUUAAGUUGGAUGUUCUGACGUGCGUUCUCCCACAUUUCACAGCCCUUCACCAUCACCCUCUGCAUCAACACUUCUGUUCCCUUCUUUCCGCGGUCAAAUUCAGAACUUUGUAUCCAGCUAACGCACCCCCACAGUCUAGGCACGUUUUACAACUCCAUACCAUCGCAAAACCGCAAGGACCUCGUCGAAGAGUGGGCCAAAGCCCUCUACCCUUCCGUCUGGAAGGAACUAUCCGAGCUGGGACAGACGACGCAGGAAGAAGGGCAUCGGCUGUUUAA